AUGAUAAAAAAUGGUAAAUUGUUAAGAUUAACUUCAUUGAGAAAGUGUCUAUGUUCCGAUUAUUUAUUUAUUUUUUUUAAGAGUAAUAAUUAUAUUAAUGAUAAUAAAAAAUAUAAGUUUGUUUCAAUAAAUCAUUUUAGCAAUGAUGUUAGAAUAAAUAAAGAAAAGGAAUUAAAGGUUGCUAAGCAUUAUAGAGAAGUAUUUCAUGAUGGAUCUGAAAAGAAUUUUGAGAGUCAUCCUUUUAAUAGACGUUUUGCAUAUAGUAAGAAAAGUUUUUUUCCUAUUGAAUCUCGUAAUUUACGUUCAUUAGGUUUAAAUCGUCAGAAGAAAAAAAAAAGAGGAAGAGGUGAUAAAUGUCCAGGUAAAGGUAUAAGAGAAAAACAUAAACAUAGAAAAUCUGGAAAACCAAAUAGUCGAACAUUUGAAAGUGGUCGUACACCUUUAUAUAGAAGAAUUCCUAAAUGGCCAGAAACCUGGUUAAGUAGACAAAAAAAAAAUUAUGAUUGUUUAAAUUUAUCAAAAUUAAGAUAUUUUAUUGAAAAAGGUAGAUUAGAUACACGUUUUUUAAUAACACAAAGACAUUUACAUGAUUCAAAAUGUAUUAAAGUAAAAAAUGGAGUAAAACUUUUUAAUAUUAAUGAUUAUCCUUUUCCAUAUAAAAUAGAUAUUGAAGUCUCUCAUGCUGAUCAAUCAUCUAUAGAUGUUAUCAAAAAAGUUGGAGGAUCUGUUACUAUUAUUUAUAUGGAAAGAGUUAAUUUAAGAGCACAUAUUAAACCAUACAAAUUCGAUGUACUACCAAAAAAUGCUAGACCAAAUCUUAAUAUGAUACACUUCUUAGAAAAAAUGAAAGCUAAAGGUUGUAUAGUUAAAUAUAUUAAACCUUUAUGGUUAAUAGAAGAAGAAAAAAGAAUUAUUAAUGAAUUAAUUGAAAUACAAGAAAAUCAAAAACUAUCUGAUCUUAUAGAUAAAACAAAAGAUAUCAACAUAAAUAAUAAAAUCCAUCUUAAUCAUUUUAAUAUACAUUCACAAGAACAGGAUGAUAUUAAAGAUAAUUUGUUGAAAAAAUAUAGACUUCAGCAUACAAGUCUGGCACACAACCCAUGA